AACCAGUACUCAGUAACGCGCAUUCAAAAAAACUGGACACAGAUUUUAAAACUCAUCUUCUCCGAUUCUCCCCAAACGCGCAUCACUCGGAGCUUUACUUUCCGGCCACCGUCACUUUCUCUCUCUAACCCCUCCUCUCUCUCUCUCUCUCCUGAUUCUUCCCAAGAAAGCUCAAAGAAAACAAACACAAACACCACAUCACUACCACCCAACCAGUGCGCGCGUGCGCGCGUGUGUGAAAAUGGCAGUGUCAAAGAGCAACAAGAAGAAGCAUCACCAGAGCUACAUUUCAGUACCAUCCCAGAUAAUAAACUCCAUCUCACAAGCAUCCCUCGAAUCUCUACUCCACUCCCCAAAGAAAAAACAGAGCCCACCAUCAAAGAUCACCGUCUUGCUAAAAAACCCAAGAUUCUCCAUUUUCUUGAUUUUCGUGCUGGGUUUUCUCUAUAUGCUGUUCAAGAUGCCUUUCUCGCAAAACCCAUGUUCUAUUUCUCAAGAAAAGGCCGGUUUCUCAACUGGGUUUUCGAGUUUUCGGCGUAAUUCAAUCGAAAAAGCAGCCGUUUUCGACGAAAAGUCGGAGUUUUGGGUGCAGCCAGAUGGGUUGGGGUAUAGGCCUUGUUUGGAUUUCAGUGAAAAAUACAGAGCAGAAAGUCUUGAAAUUGUUAAGGACAGAACAAAGUAUUUGCUUGUUGUUGUUUCCGGUGGGAUGAAUCAACAGAGGAAUCAGAUUGUUGAUGCUGUUGUUAUUGCAAGGAUUCUUGGUGCUUCUUUGGUUGUCCCAAAUUUGCAAGUCAAUGUUAUUUGGGGUGAUGAAAGUGAAUUUUCGGAUAUAUUUGACUUGGAUCACUUCAAGAAAGUGUUGGCGGACGAUGUGAGGGUAGUUUCGUCACUUCCUUCGACUCAUUUGAUGACGAGGCCGGUCGAGGAGAAGAGGACCCCACUCCACGCCUCGCCGGAGUGGAUUCGCUCCCGUUAUAUUCGAAGGAUUAGGAGAGAUGGCGUACUACUAUUACGCGGAUUGGACUCGAGGCUUUCGAAGGACCUUCCUUCCGACCUUCAAAAGCUACGUUGCAAGGUUGCUUUUCACGCAUUGAGAUUCGCACCACACAUUUCAGAACUCGGUACGAAGCUCACCGAAAGAAUGAGAAGCAAAGGACCAUACGUUGCUCUUCAUCUAAGAAUGGAAAAAGACGUUUGGGUAAGAACAGGUUGUCUACCCGGUCUUAGCCCUAAUUACGAUGAGAUGAUAAAUAACGAGAGAAAAUCACGUCCGGAGCUUUUGACUUCGAGAUCCAACAUGACCUACCAUCAACGAAAACUCGCGGGCUUAUGCCCUUUAAACGCCUUGGAAGUCGCAAGGUUGCUAAAAGCAUUGGGAGCUCCUAAGACGACGAGGAUAUAUUGGGCAGGAGGGGUUCCGUUGGGAGGAAAAGAAGCCUUGACUCCGUUGACUAGCGAAUUUCCGAAUUUCUACAAUAAAGAAGAUCUUGCUUUGCCGGGGGAGCUCGAGCCGUUUUCGAAGAAGGCUUCUUUAAUGGCUGCUAUUGAUUAUAUAGUUUCCGAGAGAAGUGACGUUUUUAUGGCGUCUCAUGGUGGAAAUAUGGGCCAUGCAAUCCAGGGGCAAAGGGCGUAUGCGGGGCACAAAAAGACGAUUAUACCGAAUAAAAGACAGAUGCUCUCGUAUUUUAUGGACACUUCUCUUCCGGAAAGUGAAUUCAAUAAGAUUAUAGUCGACUUGCAUCGGGAUUCGUUGGGGAAGCCGGAGCUUAGGACUAGCAAAAACGGGAGAGAUGUGACGAAAUAUCCUAUUCCCGAGUGCAUGUGCAAUAAUACCGUUGCUCGUUCUUCCAUCGAAGUAAAAUGAUUGUGUUUGCUUGGUGAGUUGUGAGUUUUGUCGGGAUGAAAAUUACGAGCAAGAUAAACUUGACAGGUGGCGAGUUCUCAUUGGCUCGAGAUGCAUCGACAUUUUCGAUGUCUGGUUGGUGGAUUAUUCGGUAGGGGGAGCAAGUAUAGGAAACAUAUAUAUGUAUUCUUUUUAUUUCAUUUAUUCUUUUUGUUGUAUCUAAAGGGGGGGCUACAUUGUAUAUAAUAUUUAUACGUAUACAUUAGAUUAAUUUUAAUAAAUUUAUUCUUUUAUAUUACACUCUUGUUGUGCAGUAGUAUAUCCAUGUCAGUUC